AUGGCUUCAAGUUCAACCAUCGUUCCGGCGAUGCCGCCGCCGUUGGGUCAGACGUCGAACUUUGUCGACCCGGAUUUUAUCGGCGGCAAGUUUGUGGCUGUCAAUUGCGUCUUUCUUUCGCUCGCGGCGCUCUCUCUGGGGGUGCGCAUAUGGACGCGGUUUUUUGUUGUUCGGAACUUUCGCUGGGAUGAUUAUUUGAUGAUUAUGGCACUUCUUCUUUCUAUCGUCCUCAGUGCCUUGACGUUAGACAUGCUGAAUUGGGGGCUGGGCAAGCACAUGUGGGAUGUUCCCAUGAAUCACUUCACGCCGACGUUUCUCAAGCAUAAUGUCAUUGCUGCGAUCAUCUAUUGCGCCGCAACCGGUUUCACCAAAAUCUCCGUUCUCAUCUUCUACCUUCGAAUCUUCCCGAGUCGCAAUUUCCACAUUGCAGUCUGGACCAUCGUUUUCAUCGCCGGCGGAUACACGAUUGCCAGUAUUCUGGCCAACAUUCUCAGCUGCAGCCCAAUCGCCAAGUCGUGGGACUUGAGCAUCACGACCGGCUCGUGCAUGAACCGGCCGGUGUUUUAUUUCGCAAAUGCCGGACUGGGUAUCUUCACAGACUUUGCCACCGUCGCCGUCCCCAUUCCCUGGCUACGUCGACUACAAAUGCCCGUGCGCCAAAAGAUCGCCGUGGGUGCGAUUCUCGCCAUGGGAUGCUUUGUCGGAAUCGUGAGCUGUAUUCGUCUGGGCAGUCUCUACACCUUGCUCACCAGUCCCGAUCUCACCUGGGCCACCACCGAUGCGCUCAUGUGGUGCACGAUUGAACUCAACCUUGGUAUCUUCGGCGGCUGCGUGACAGCCAUCCGACCUUUCGCCCGGCGAUACUUCCCUCGCCUGCUCGGCCUCUCAUCCGGAGUGGGUUAUUCGUCUCAAGGACAAUCCCGAUCCCGCAAGCACGGCCACCCGCUCGCAUCCAUCACUCACAGCGAACGCAACAAGUUCUCCACCAACGGCGCCAACCAAUACACCACCACACUCACUACCUUACGAGGCGCUCCCGACAAUGAUAGCGAAGAGCAUAUCCUCUCCAGCAUUCCCCACAAUGCCACAGGCAAAGAGGGUGAACUCGCGACCGGCAUCAUUCGGACCGUCGAGUUUGAUGUCGAAAACAGCUCCACGGCUCCGGCUCCGUGA